UGCAAAGUUGGGAAUCUCUCUAACCUAUCCAAAUGCUUCUCUCAACUCCCAGAGCACAGCAAUGCUCCAAAAUCUGUCAUCUCCCGCUCUCCAGCCCUCCUCUGCGUCCCCUUCUCCAUUCACCCACCAUUCUUCUCAAAAUUACAGCCACGCCAAACCAUGGCCUCUUCAGAAGAGACCCUUGACCCGACUCUCCUGCGCCUCGAGCCGACCCAAGAGGAAAAUGGUUCCCAGAGCGAGAAAUCGGAGGCUGAACAGCUGGUCCGGUCGAUCAUGUGGAAUAUGAAUGGGAAAGAGCCGGUUUUGAAGACUUUGAACAAGUACGUGAGGGUUGUGAGAACUGAGCAUUGUUUUCUUCUGUUUGAGGAGCUUGGCAAGAAUGACAAGUGGCUUCAAUGCCUCGAGGUGUUCAGAUGGAUGCAGAAACAAAGGUGGUAUGUUGCUGAUAAUGGUGUUUAUUCGAAAUUAAUAUCAGUUAUGGGAAAGAAAGGCCAAAUCCGAAUGGCUAUGUGGCUUUUCUCUGAGAUGCGUAACAGUGGGUGCCGGCCUGACACUUCUGUAUACAAUGCACUCAUAACAGCGCACCUACACUCACAGGACAAAGCAAAAGCUUUGGGCAAGGCACUUGGGUACUUUGAAAAGAUGAAAGGGAUUGAAUGGUGUAAACCAAACACUGUAACAUACAACAUUCUUUUGAGAGCUUUUGCUCAAGCUCGAAAUGUUGAGCAAGUCAAUGCUUUGUUUAAAGAUCUUCAUGAGAGCAUUGUUUCCCCUGAUAUUUAUACGUAUAACGGCUUGAUGGAUGCAUAUGGGAAAAAUGGGAUGAUCAGAGAAAUGGAAUCUGUACUUUCUCGCAUGAAAAGUAAUCAGUGUAAGCCUGAUAUAAUCACUUUUAAUUUGCUGAUUGAUUCGUAUGGGAAGAAGCAAGAAUUUGAUAAGAUGGAACAAGUGUUCAAGAGCUUACUGCAUUCCAAGGAGAAACCAACACUGGCUACAUUUAGCUCCAUGAUAAUUAAUUAUGGGAAGGCGCGUCUCCGGGAGAAAGCAGAAAAUAUCUUCCAAAAGAUGAAAAAUAUGGGAUAUACCCCUAGCUUCAUCACUUGUGAGAGUCUAAUCAUGAUGUACGGGUUGUGUGAUUGUGUUUCCAGGGCUAGGGACAUUUUUGACGGAAUGGUUCAAUCUGGGAAGGAAAUGAAGGUUUCUACCCUUAAUGCCAUGCUCGAUGUUUACUGUAUGAAUGGUUUGCCCAUGGAAGCUGAUAUGCUUUUCAAGAGUGCCAAAGGCUUAGGUAUUGUUCCCAAUUCGUCAACAUAUAAACUUCUCUAUAAGGCUUACACCAAAGCCAACACGAAGGAGCUUUUACAGAAUUUGUUGGAGCAUAUGGACAGAGAUGGGAUUGUCCCUAAUAAGAGAUUCUUCUUGGAGGCUUUGGGAGUGUUUCGGUCUUUACAAGCAGGUAUGGAGACUGCAACUGCCACAACCGUUGUCGGCAGCCCACUGGGUCGUUCAAAAACAUAGAUGGAAGAAGUUGCUAACUUGGUUUGUUGAUUCCUUUGGCCAUUCGUCGAUUAAACUGAACUAUAGAGCAAGGUGAGUAUACGUAAUGAAAGAUUACCAAGUUUAGCACUUUCUGGACUUCUGGAUUACCUCAAUUUUCCAAUAUUAGGCGGGCAAUGUGUAUUCUCGCUUUUUGUUUCAUUCUUUAUCAUUAUAUUAUGUACAGGGCCAUCCUGAUUUUCUUUAUGUAACACAUCUUCAUGCUGUAGUGCAGUUUCAAAAACUAUUCUUUGCAUGUUUGAAUUAUUGUAAAAGGGGGGCUUGUUAAA